CGCGCACAUACGAGUAUACACACAUCUUCAAAAUGAUUAACAUCGCUGGCGUUGUGAGCAUUGUGCUCUUCUACGUGCUCAUUCUGGUUGUUGGCAUCUGGGCAGGUCGGAAAAAGCAAGCGGGCAAUGAUUCCGAGGAAGAGGUCAUGUUGGCGGGGCGUUCGAUUGGUCUAUUCGUGGGCAUAUUCACCAUGACGGCUACGUGGGUGGGUGGCGGCUACAUUAACGGUACUGCUGAAGCCAUUUACACAUCGGGUCUGGUUUGGUGUCAGGCGCCCUUUGGCUACGCCUUGAGUUUGGUUUUCGGUGGCAUAUUCUUUGCCAAUCCUAUGCGCAAGCAAGGCUAUAUCACCAUGUUGGAUCCGCUGCAGGACUCAUUUGGGGAACGUAUGGGAGGACUGCUCUUUUUGCCUGCACUCUGCGGGGAGGUGUUCUGGGCGGCCGGCAUUCUGGCUGCAUUGGGUGCCACAUUGUCGGUCAUUAUAGACAUGGACCAUCGCACCUCCGUCAUUCUAUCGUCGUGCAUUGCCAUUUUCUACACACUAUUUGGGGGUCUGUACGCGGUGGCCUAUACAGAUGUGAUACAGCUCUUCUGCAUUUUCAUUGGACUGUGGAUGUGUAUACCAUUUGCUUGGAGUAACGAUCACGUGCGAAGUCUAAGUGAUAUGGAUGUGGACUGGAUUGGGCAUGUGGAGCCGAAGCAACGAUGGUUUUAUAUAGACUAUGGUCUGCUGCUGGUCUUUGGCGGCAUUCCCUGGCAGGUUUACUUCCAGCGAGUGCUCUCCAGUAAGACAGCGGGUCGGGCACAGCUGCUGUCCUAUGUGGCAGCAGCAGGCUGCAUUCUGAUGGCCAUACCACCGGUACUCAUUGGUGCCAUUGCCAAGGCUACACCUUGGAAUGAGACGGACUACAAGGGACCCUACCCGCUCACUGUGGAUGAGACCAGCAUGAUUCUGCCAAUGGUUUUGCAAUAUCUGACGCCCGAUUUCGUCUCUUUCUUUGGACUGGGCGCCGUCUCUGCUGCCGUCAUGUCCUCCGCCGACUCUUCGGUGCUGUCGGCUGCCUCGAUGUUUGCACGCAAUGUGUACAAAUUGAUUUUCCGUCAGAAGGCUUCCGAAAUGGAAAUCAUUUGGGUAAUGCGCGUUGCCAUAAUUGUCGUUGGCAUACUGGCCACCAUUAUGGCUCUGACCAUACCCUCCAUCUAUGGACUGUGGUCCAUGUGCUCGGAUUUGGUCUACGUCAUUUUGUUUCCACAAUUGCUGAUGGUUGUACACUUCAAGAAGCACUGCAAUACCUAUGGCAGUUUGGCUGCCUAUAUUAUUGCUCUGGUUAUACGUUUGUCCGGUGGAGAGGCCCUUCUUGGCCUACCCGCCCUCAUCCACUAUCCGGGGUAUGAUGUGGAGACGCAGACACAAUUGUUCCCCUUCCGCACCAUGGCCAUGAUAAUAAGCUUAGUCACAUUGGUUUUCGUCUCCUGGUGGUCCAAAAUGAUGUUCGAGUCCGGCAAACUGCCGCCCAGUUAUGAUUAUUUCCGUUGUGUUGUCAACAUACCUGAGGAUGUACAAAGAGUGGGUGAGCCCUCCGAAUCUGGUGAGCAAUUGUCGGUUAUGGCUGGUCCGCUGGCUCGCUCCUAUGGCGCCGCCACCAUGGCAGGCAAAGACGAGCGCAAUGGGCGCAUUAAUCCGGCGCUGGAGUCAGACGAUGACUUGCCCGUGGCGGAAGCCCGACGCAUGAAUGAGCAGACGGCGCAGGCGCAGGUGCAGAAAAUGCUGAGCAGUGCCACGGGAAAAGCGGGCGGUGGGGGUGGACAGAUGGGUCAAGGUAGCAUGGCCACAAUGCCAGCAGCAGUGCAGGACAACACCGCCUUCUAAGCGCUGCAUUGGGAAUGAAAGUUUGUCGACCUCUCUCUAAGUUGUAAGUUCUUCAUUUGAGUUGCGCUCUUCAGGCAUGAUGAACUAAAAAUAUUGAUCUUAAACAACGUCUGUUGAAAACACAUAAGUGCUCAGGUAAACAGUGCAGAAAGUUAAAAGUGAGUGUCUAAUUAAAUUUAUUUAGCCAAUAUCUUGUUUAAAGUUAUCUAUAAGCUUCAAGCAAUUUUCCUAAUCAACAGCUAAUUUAAAUAUAUUGUGUUUGCGGUCUUAGAUGAAAUUGAGUUCGCUUGAGUAGAAGUGCGUUAAUUUUGACUAGAUGGUAUAAUUAAUUGCGCAAAUCGAGUAUACUGAAAGGUUUCUUUUUUACUUGGCUUAAAUGUAAGAAAAUUUGAAACAUAAACUAUACAUAUAUAAAACAAAAAAGUAUUACCAUAUAUCGUACAUGCAUGAGGCAUUAAUUUAGAUGUUUUUAAAAUGAUUAUUUUUGCCUUUAAAGUUCGUAUGA